UUGUUUUUUUAUCAGACGGUCUCCCCCAAUUGAUCAAAUUGUCGAAAAUAUCCCAACCCCAAAACUUGCACUAUACGAUUCACAUUUCAUACAGCCGCGUCAGAGGAGCGCCAGCAACAGAAAAGGAAAAAAAAAAAGAAAACUCGAUUUUCAAAUCCCAAAGAGGAAAACUUAUAACGGCUACUUCUCAAAUCAUCCAAAAAUCACCCAACAAACAAAAAAAACAAUCUCAUCACUUCUUAUUUCUUCAAAUCUUCAUUCUCCCAUUUCUCUAUUCUCUCUCCUAAACCUCUUCAAAAUUCACUAAACAAACUACCUUUUUCUCUCUCCUAUUCUCACUUCUGUAACAAAUUUAUAGCGUCAAGAAAAUGGGUUCCAACCCAGGUGGAAAAGUUAGAAUUGUUGCUCGAAUUAGAGGUCAUUCCAACAAAGAUAUUGGAAUUUUUGAUGGAGUUACAAAUUCAAAGCCAUGGAUUUCAGUUUUGAGACCCGACCCAGUUCUGAACCCGAAUUCUAGGUCAAGUAGAGUUAAAAUCUCAUUUGGGUCAGAUCAAACUUCUAGUAGUAAGCAGAGUUACGAAUUGGAUGAAUGUUAUGACCGAAAUGUGGGCACCGAAGCAAUUUUUGCUCAAGAAAUUAAACCCUUGAUCUCUGGAGUAUUUGGAGGUGAGAAUAGCACGAUUUUCGCUUAUGGACCUCGAGGAAGUGGCAAGACUUACACUAUUCAGGGAUGUGAGGAAGAACUCGGAUUGGCGGUGCGUACUGUGGAUGAAAUUUUGCCUCAAGCAGAAGAGCAAGGAAAAUUUGUUACUGUUUCUGUAUUUGAGUUGUACCAAGACCGAGUUUCUGACCUUUUGGAUGCUAAAAGACCUGAGGUUUCGGUAUUUGAGGAUGCACAAGGGAAAAUUAGACUCAAGGGACUGUCCAAGGUCAAAGUGAACUCAACACCAGAAUUUCAAGAUUUGUAUUUGCAAGCAGCAAAUGCACGUAAACAAUUGCAGAAGGCGAUUGAACCUCCUACUCGGAGUCAUAUAGGUUGCAUUGUCCACAUUGUGUCACCUCAAACUGAGAAAUCAAAUACUCAAUUAGUGGGGAAGAUAAAUUUUAUUGACUUGGCAAGCUACGAAGAUUCUAGGAGAAAGAGUAGUGAUGGGUCCAAUUUGACGGAAGCCACAAGGAUAAACAAAUCCCUCUAUGCUGUGCACAAUGUUUUAUAUGCACUGAAUGCAAAAGAGGCCCGCGUGCCAUACAGGGAAAGUAAGUUAACUCGGAUGCUGCAAGACUCCCUUGGGGGUAUGAGUAGGAUUCUGAUGGUUACAUGCCUGAAUCCAUCUCUUUGCCAAGAAACUGUACAAACAGCUAGUUUAGCCUCUCGAUCAUGCAUGGCUGGCUUUUUGGCUUGUUUAGACCCUGGAAAGAGUAGUAGAAGUGCUACCAAGACAGUUAGGAUGUCAUCUCCACAAGUUCUAAAAUCAGCAUCCAAAUUUAAUAUAAGAUCAAGUAUGAUGUCUCCAAAACUUGUGAAACCCAUGAGUGCUUCAGCUUCUGGGAAAAAACAAGCUGGUUCACAGCUGCACAUACCUAGGAGAAAGACUAAUGACGUACCUGUUGAAGCUAAAGGAAGGAAACUGUUUGAUGACGCAAAUCAAUCUAAAAAGUCAGAACAGAGAAAAUUAAUCCCUGAAAGUGCUUCAGUCAUGGAAUCUUCUUCACAAACCGAGGUAAGUCUCACGCAAGCAAGUGAGGCAGCGUCAAUUUCUUUAACUUGCCCUGAAAAUGCUUCAGUCAUGGAAUCCUCAUCGCAAACAGAGUUGAGUCUCGUCCUAGCAAGUGAGGCAGCAUCCAAUUCUUCAACUCAACAAGAGGGGAAGAGUGCAUUGAAUGAUUCUGAAGAUAUGGAUUCUUCUCGGCUUCCUUCUGAAGAGGAUGUACUGCCGAUUGAAAAUAGCUUUGGGCCUGUAACACCUUUUACACAUCAAACACCACUUACGGAAGAUAAGGAAAACAAAAGCUCUUUCCUCAAUGGCGGGGCAUCACCACCACUAAGUGCUAGAAUAAGAGAGCUUUCGAACAACUUAAAGUCACUUUGUAUGACAACGGAAACAAAUUUGAAGAUUACUCGAGAAAGUUCAAACUUACUUGACCAAGUUAUCUAUGAAAACUUGGAGCCUGCAACGCCAAUAUUAUACCAGCAUAUAAGCGAUGAUGAGAAGCAUGAAAACAUAGAGUUUAAUACUCCAAGAGUUGAGUCAAAUGUUAGAGCCAACGAAAAAUAUGAAAUUGCUAAUUUGGCUAGUCCUUGGGGAAGUCUCCACAUGCGCAGUGCCGGAAUGAAGGAUUCACUUGUCCAUGAAUGCUUGAAGUUCUUAAACAGUGCAAGCAAAGAGGAGCUAAAAGGACUAAAGGGAAUUGGAGAAAAAAGAGCUACAUACAUUCUUGAAAUGCGAGAAGAAUCACCAGAACCCUUCAAGCAGCUCGAUGAUUUAAAAGAUAUCGGGCUUUCUGCAAAGCAGAUAAAGGGAAUGAUGAAGACAGUAGCAGGAGAUCUUUUAUUUUAAGAGCCCGUUCAAGGAUUUUGAGCACAUCCUAGCAUCAGCAACAUCAUGUUGCUGUCUCUUUGUAGAACUUUCUGUAUUUAGUGUGCCAUAUUAAAUUUAUAGUUCUACACUAAUAUUAUGUUUGAUGUUUUAUCCUUCGUUUUCAGUGUUGGUUGUCUUCCCUUGUAAACAUCUUUGGAGAGCAUAAAAGCAUGUAAUAUAAAUGAGUUAUUACUGAUCUCAAUUGA